GGUGACAUUUGGUAGUUGAGGUUAUGUGUCAAUCUUCACGUGUAAAAACAUUGUAUUCAAGUCACUACAAAAUAAAACUCUGGUUUUUACAUUUUCUACCGCACCACAAACCAUGGAUAUUGUUAAGGAAGUUCUCGAAAAAGAACAGAAAGACUUAGAAAAGUUUAAAUCGAUUCAAGUGGAAAAACAUAUUGAAUGUAGAACCGAUUUGGGUUUAUUAAUGUGUACAGAUCCGAAUGAAUUGGACGAAAAGGUUUUGAAGUCGGACAAGGAAAAGUAUUUGUUGGACUUAACGAGAGACAACGUUCAAAUUUUGCUAAAUCAAAUUUGGGAAUUGGAAACUGACCGUGUCGAAGAGUGUAUCGUUGCCAAACUGCCGCCUCCCGCAUAUAUUUUACCUCGUUCACGGAAAUGUCCAGUCGAAAAACAGCUGACCAAAUGGGAGAAAUUCGCUAAAGAGAAGGGCAUCAAGAAGACGAAAAAAGACAAAAAAACAUUCGACACCGAGUUGGGCAAAUGGGUACCGACAUAUGGAUUCAAGCGAGCCCAAGCCGAAAAGGACAAAACCUGGGUGCUGGAAGUGCCUAAGAAUGCCGAUCCGAUGGAAGAUCAAUUCCAAAAGAAAUUGGACAUGCGAAGUGAAAAGGUGGCCAAGAACGAGGUGCAACGAAUGAAGAACAUUGUGCGUGCGAAAAAAAUUGAAGUUCCACGUACCGGCUAUUUGGGACCAGAGGCAGCGUCUGCAACAGAAUUACUUACCGCCGCCACGAUAGCCAAAUCAUCGACAGCAUCGGUGGGCAAAUUCCAGGAGAAACUUUCAAAAGAAAAAGUCGCUCGUGGCAUCGGUGUCAAAGAACUCAUUCCAGGAUCGAAGCGUAAGGCCUCGCACGUUACUGAAGUUCCAGAGAAUGUUCAAAAUCUCGAGUUGAUCAACAGCGUUUUGAAUAAAAAACCGAAACUGGACGUGGAUAAGGCAAUUUCCGUACAGAAACGGGAAGCGAGAGAAGAACGUGAAGCGAACCCUCAACAAAAGAAAGGCAAAAAGGGCGGUGGUAAGCGAAGUAAGAAAGGCGGUAAAAUUCGUUCAGCUAAAAGUAAGAAACCGAAAGCUGGCGGUGGUGAACGUGAUCCGAAAAAGAGAGCCGGCGGACGUAAACGACGCUAAAUGCAUGCAUUAUGGAGUCGUUAUAUACGUUUGUAUAAUUGAAAUUUUUAUGGUGGACAAAUGUUUGUAAAAAUAAGCGAGUCUUUUAGGUAAAUAAAAAAGCGAUUACCUUAA